CGCGGUGACGCCGCUGCGUGCGCGCUAAAGGCGGAAGUGUUUCGGUGUUUACAGGCGGCAGAGCCUGGGGCAGGGGUGCCGGGACGGAGGCGUAGAGCCCAUGUGCCGGCAGCCCCCGCCGCCUAUGGAGGUGAUGGAGGGGCCCCUCAACCUGGCUCAUCAGCAGAGUAGAAAAGCAGACCGGCUGUUGGCAGCAGGGAAAUACGAAGAAGCAAUUUCUUGUCAUAAAAAAGCAGCUGCAUACCUUGUUGAAGCCAUGAAGCUGACACAAUCUGAGCAGGCUCAAUUAUCGCUGGAAUUACAAAGGGAUAGUCACAUGAAACAAUUAUUGCUUAUCCAGGAGAGGUGGAAAAGGGCAAAGAGAGAGGAAAGGCUAAAAGCCCAACAGAAUGCAGACAAGGAUAUAGCUGCACAUCUUCAGACCUCUUACAAACCAUCAACUGAAGAAUCUGGAGACCACAACAUAUUGGUUCCUGUUACUCAGAAAUACAGUCCUUCUGCAAAUAAGCAUCUACAGGAAACUCAGGGUGUCUUUGACAGGGAGCCAGAUACACUAUUAUUUCUGCUUCAGAAAAGAGAGGAGCAAUUGGAAGUGUGUACUGGGAACAAAGCCCCAAAAGAUGACAAAAUAAUAAUAGAGGAGCAAGCAACCAAAAUUGCAGAUUUGAAACGGCAUGUGGAAUUUCUUGUAGCUGAAAAUGAGAGAUUAAGGAGAGAGAAUAAACAGCUAAAAGCAGAAAGGAUUAGACUCCAAAAAGCUCCGGUAGAGAAGGAGUUGGAUGUAGAUGCUGAUUUUGUGGAGAAGUCAGAGUUGUGGGGCCUACAACAUCAUUCAGAAACUGCUACUACUUCAGCCUCAACUUGGCAGAAGUUUGCAGCAAAUGCAGGGAAGGCUAAGGACAUUCCAAUACCCAAUCUUCCUCCCUUGGACAUUCCAUCACCUGAACUCCCUCUACUGGAGCUCUCUGAAGAUAUACUGAAAGGACUUAUGAACAGCUAAAUGAAGACCAUGAGAAGUGCUCAUGAAAUGUAGUUAAGCAAAUGAGAAAAGGGAAAACCACCAGGACAAUGAUGAUCCAAGGGCAGCCAACAUCUAACACAAUCCUACUGUGCGAGAAAAGGCAUUACAGCAACUGUCACUGUGAAAUACACUUAAUCAUAGAGCUUAAGGGUACCAUAAAUUGGUAAAUGCAGGCUCUUGCGUCUUUCUCCUGACGUUUCGAACCAAAUGACUGCUUGGAAAACAUUUCAAACACAAUCCUUCAGGGUUUUGAAGUAAUGCUAUGUGUAAUAGGUAUCUAUAAUGCCAUAAAUGAUGCAGAACUUAACUUAUGGUUGCCAGAUGGCUGCCAGUUCCGCUUGAAAGAUGCUUUCUAUCAUGCAUUCAGAUUGUAAGCAUUUCAUUAUGCACAAUUUUGUUAAUGGAGAGGUGUAUAAGUUACACCAUUUCUAGAUGGAUUGAUGUGCCACACUCUUGUCUCUUGACAAUAUUAACCUCAGAUUAAUCAAGAGAAAUAUAUAAACUUUCUAUGGAGGAACCAA